CCAAUGAGAGACCACGCUGCUUGUGUCACCAUGGUGACGGGGCUGUGCCCAGGGAGGUUGUGAUGGGUUGACAGGUGCGUGACAAUCGGAGCUCUCUGCAAGCAUGUACGCCAAAGGCAAGAGCAGCAACGUGCCGUCCGACAGCCAAGCCAGAGAAAAGUUAGCUCUGUAUGUGUACGAGUACCUGCUGCAUGUAGGAGCACAGAAGUCAGCACAGACCUUCCUCUCAGAGAUCCGAUGGGAGAAGAACAUCACAUUAGGAGAACCUCCGGGGUUCCUCCACUCAUGGUGGUGUGUUUUCUGGGACCUGUACUGUGCGGCUCCAGAGAGAAGAGACACAUGUGAACACUCGAGUGAGGCCAAGGCCUUCCAUGACUAUAGUGCAGCAGCAGCUCCAAGCCCCGUCCUUGGGAACCUUCCCCCAGGAGAGGGCAUGCCUGUGGGACCAGUUCCUCCUGGAUUCUUUCAGCCAUUUAUGUCACCCCGAUAUCCUGGAGGACCCAGACCCCCCCUCAGAUUACCCAAUCAGGGACUUGGAGGAGUUCCAGGGAGCCAGCCUAUGUUACCCAGUGGAAUGGACCCCACAAGACAGCAAGGACAUCCAAAUAUGGGAGGACCGAUGCAGCGGAUGACUCCACCUAGAGGCAUGGUACCACUCGGGCCCCAGAACUAUGGAGGUGGGAUGAGACCACCACUGAAUGCACUUGUUGGUCCUGGGAUGCCUGGCAUGAACAUGGGACCUGGUGGGGGUAGACCGUGGCCAAAUCCUCCAAACUCAAAUUCUACCCCUUACUCUUCUGCAUCUCCGGGAAGUUAUGUGGGACCUCCGGGAGGAGGGGGGCCACCAGGGACUCCAAUAAUGCCAAGUCCAGCAGAUUCAACCAACUCUGGUGACAACAUGUACACGAUGAUAAACACAGUUCCUCCUGCAGGAAGCCGACCGAAUUUCCCCAUGGGUGCAGGGGGAGACGGUCCGUUAGGUGGAAUGGCUGGAAUGGAGCCUCAUCAUAUGAAUGGAUCAUUAGGGUCAGGCGACAUGGACAGUCUCCCCAAGAACUCUCCUGGUAACCUCAGUAUGAGUAACCAGCCCGGGACCCCCAGAGAGGAUGGAGAGAUGGGAGGAAACUUCCUCAACCCUUUUCAGAAUGAAAGUUACUCACCAAACAUGACGAUGAGCGUUUGAAGACUUCUGAAGCGGGUUUGGUCAUUCCCUCAGUAGGAUGUUUUGGAUUUGUGAAAAGCAGAGGGACUGGAUAUGAUGUCAUCAAGACCAGUGACUCCUCCUCCACCACCUGACAAGUCAGGACAGUUACCCCAGGCCCCUUCCUUCUGUACCCCCCCAUGACCCAUACGUUGUUUCUCUUUGCUUCUCCUGUUCCCCCCCCCUCCCCCCUCCCCCCUCCUAAGUGAUGACUUUGAUACAUUCAUCAGUUCUUCCUCUGCAACUUUAAGACUGUACAAAGGAACCAAAUUAAAACUACCCCGAGGAGAACUCUUUGUAUAUUUCCAUACAGAGACUGUGGACACACUCUUCUCACAGAUGACGUCUCUGCCUUCUGCAUCAUAUCAUGGAGUUCGUACCCAAAACAAAAGGCCAGUAUCCUAUUUAUCCUACAGUUACAAUUUUAAUGGACCUACAGAGAUAUUGAUACUUUUUGAUCUAUGAAUAAUGCAAUGUGACUGGCUGUUAUGUGGAUCAUCACUUUUCUUUUACUGACCAAAAAUCGUGUCCAUUACUGGAAGGUUUAGAGCAAAGUAACAAUCAGGUUACCACAAGGUUCAUUUGAGGCUUGUCUGUGGGAACUCUUGUCAUUUGAAGCCUUGUUUAACUCUUGUGUUCGUCUCAUUCUAGCAUUAAUAUUGUCCUCACCACUAUCAUUUGUUUCAAGGUCUAAUGAGGCAAAUGAAGUGCAGAUCAAAAUCAACUCUGUAAUUUCUUUUCGAAAGGCUUCAGCACAUUUCAAAGUGUUUGGCUGAAGGCUUUUUUUAAGGCCUAAAUCAAGACUAUGUAUCUGUUUUUGUAUAGUAGCCACUGUUGCAUGAUCGUUUUAAAUGCUUGAUUAUUCUGCAACAGCAACAAAGCAAAUAAGAGUCAUCUGGCUUUAUAAGUGACUCCAUUAGAAUAACAUCUAGUUCAAGUUUUUAACAUGACAGCAAAAAGAUACUGGUCAUAAAAUACAAGGUAAAGCUGUAGAAGCAAAACCCUAAGUGUACUUAAUUUAACAGUGGUCCGUUUCGAGCUUAUGAAUUCAACUUUUGAAAUGAUGGGAGGAAGAGUGCGUGUGUUUUCUCCUUUCAAAGUACAUAGUCAUGCUUUAAAUCGGCUCAGAGUGAGCUGUUUUCACAGUUCUGUAUUCAACGCUAAACCUUUCUUACAACUGCAAGGAUUCCUAAUGUGAGUGGUUUUUUUUAAAGGGGAUUUUACAUUCUCUUGGCUGCACAAGCAUGGGGGGAAGCUGAAGUUUAGGAGGAGGAGAAGUUUUUGUGUUUCAUGGGUUUGUUUGCUUCCUAAGGUCUCAUAUCUAGUUUUUUUUUUUAAGCCUCAAACCAAAUCAUAUAUCAGUUUUAGAGGGUAAACUGUCAGACACAAGCUGAUGCAGUCACUUCAAUCACUCAUUGUUUAUUGUCAUCCGGGUAAACUGUGAUCUCAGUGGGAUGGGAAAAGUCCAUGACAGAAAGCUCGAAUGAGCUCGUUUUCAAAUGAGUGUUUUCAACUUUUUUCACUGCCCGAGAUAUCUUACCAUCAUGUACAAAAGGUCGAUACUCCUGUGAACCUUCUCCUCCCCCUUCUAUUACUGCAAAGUGUACAGCUCACAAUGUAGCUCCUCUGUCUUGUAUGUGUAUUUGAUAAUAAUAUUAUUUAAAGACAAACUCUGAGAGAAUUAUUGCAAAAGGGAGGGAUGGACUGACGAUUCACUGUCAGAAAUGAGCCCAAGGUAUAGUAUUUUUUAUUUUUGUGUUAGAUUAAAGCCAUAAGUGGGAGUACAAGAAGACACAUUUGUAAAUUGGAUCAUGUUUUCUGUUUUGUGGCAGUAUACUGGACUCCAUUUGUGAUGUGUUCCUUUUCUCUUUUUUAUUCUUGUAUUAUGUUUUUGUAAAUACACAGAGAAGUAUUUCAUGGGUUUUGAAUAUGCUAGCAUAAAGCUUCUCUCCCCUUAUUCAAAGUGUUGGCUCUCUGGUUUCUCUUGCUAUAACCUGAUAAAUCUCGUUGAAAGGUAAGGCCCCUCUCUCUCUUUAGCACCCAGUGAAGUCCCCUGUAGCCUCUCAGCAGUCUUUUCUGCUGGACUGUUUCUAAGUGUGGACCGAUCUGAUUCCCUCACUCAGUUUUUUUUUUCUUUUACAACAACUGAAAACAGGAGGGAAUAAAGGUGAGCAAAGAUA